AUGGAAUACCCUCCGCAAUACCAACAACACACCCAACAUCCCCACCUGCAGGGCGGUUAUCAGACGUCUCCCGGGACGGCUGGUCCCGGUGCUCUCCAGUCUCCUUCCGGGCCUCAAUCGCAUUUGCAGCAGCACAACCCGAACCAGGCCUCUCCCAUCCUGCCGUCUCAAACCCAAAACCACUAUCAACCGCAGCCGGCUGGGAUGGGCUAUCCGCCGUAUGGCGUAAGCGCGAGCAUGGCCCAAGGUUAUGGAAUAUCGCCUACUCAGGCUGCGGCGAUGGCUACGGCCGCCGCGUCAGGUCAAAUGCCGCCGUUGUCGUCCACCGUGGGCAUCCCUCAGGCGAGUCAACUGGGUCAACAAAGACGCAUGAGCCAACACCUCACAACCAGCCCUCACGGCCAAGUUUCCCAGCCGGCCCUGAACCACAACAUCCCCCGGCAAUCCGUCCCUCCCACCAUGCCUGCCCAACAGCCCGUCCAGGCGCCACAAGAGGAGAUCGUCGCCGGAGGGGCGGAGGAGUCUCCGUUGUACGUCAACGCAAAGCAGUUCCACCGCAUUCUAAAACGACGCGUGGCCCGCCAGAAACUCGAAGAGCAACUCCGAUUGACUUCCAAGGGGCGUAAGCCGUACCUGCACGAGUCUCGUCACAAUCACGCCAUGCGCCGACCCCGUGGACCCGGCGGACGCUUCUUGACGGCUGACGAAGUUGCAGCCUUGGAAAAGGCUGACCACAAAGGGGGCGAAAAUGGCACUCCGGCCAUCAAGAAGACGGAACACGCCAGCUCCGGCACCAAGAGAAAGGCUAUCGAUCAUGACCAUGGCACCCCCAUCAAGAAAUCCAAGGUGGCCAGUGAGAGUGCAGACGAGGACGAGGAUGAUGAUGGCGAGGCGGAUCUGGGUUGA